UCUCUCUCUACCCUUUCUUCUCGUACCCCUCUUUCUCUCUCUACCCUUUCUUCUCGUACCCCUCUUUCUCUCUCUACCCUUUCUCUCACUUGCACGAUGUAAAAUUGAAUUGCCCCCGAUCUGCCUGUCAAUCUCCCGCCUCUCUCUCUCUCUCUCCCAUCUGCCCGUCAAUCUUCCUUUCUCUCUCUCUCUCUUCUCCCGUUAACCUACAAAUUGUCUCACCCCUCUCUCUAUCGGCCACUCUCUUUCUCUGUUACACUUGACCUUUUAGCUCUCUCUCUCUCUCUCCAACUUUGUGGGCAUCAAGCAAGUGGCAAGUUUGGGCCAUGGCGAUCCUGUAUGCAGUGGUAGCGAGGGGAACAGUUGUACUCUCAGAGUUCAGUGCGGUGACUGGUAACACAGGGGCUGUAGCCCGAAGGAUCGUGGAGAAACUCCCACUCCCUGCCCAGCCUGAUUCACGCCUCUGCUUCUCUCAAGAUCGAUACAUUUUCCAUAUCUUAAGAUCUGACGGCCUCAAUUUCUUAUGCAUGGCUAAUGACACCUUCGGAAGGCGUAUUCCUUUUGCAUACUUGGAGGAUAUUCACAUGAGGUUCAUGAAAAACUAUGGAAGGGUGGCACAUUCUGCUCCAGCUUACGCAAUGAAUGAUGAGUUUUCAAGAGUCUUGCAUCAGCAAAUGGAGUACUUCUCAAGUAAUCCAAAUGCUGAUACUCUCAACCGUGUCCGUGGUGAAGUUGGUGAGAUACGUGCUAUUAUGGUGGAGAACAUUGAGAAGAUACUCGAGAGAGGUGACCGAAUUGAACUUCUUGUCGACAAGACAGCGACAAUGCAAGACAGUUCCUUCCAUUUCAAGAAGCAAUCCCGGCGCCUUCGAAGAGCUUUGUGGAUGAAAAAUGCGAAGCUUUUGGCGUCAUUAACUUGCUUGAUAGUUGUGCUAUUGUACAUAAUCAUCGCGAUCUGUUGUGGGGGCAUCACUCUCCAAUCCUGCAGGUCAUGAUUUAGCUGUAUCCUAGAGGUUUUAUACAUGUUCAAAUGAGCUUUUGUAUGGAGUGAGGCUUGGAGUUUCAUUAUUUGAGUUGAUCCACGGGCAUUGCUUCUUUCACAUUUAUUGUAUCUCAAUGUCGGAAAGGAGGUAUGUAAAUGGCACCUUAUGGGUUAGUUCUUAUGCUUCCUGAUUUUGUUUGUUUUAUGUACAUGAGUGCCAUGUAACAGUGGUAGUUGUAUACUGGGGAUGUGAUUUAUUUGAUGAAGCAGCUGCAGCCAUUCAAAAAAAUAAGUACAUAUAUAGAAAUAAAAAAAUGUGGAAGAUGCCGGCUAAAUAAGAGUAUCUUCAAGCAA